UUGUUCGCGAGUUUGACAGAAGUUUGAAUUGGACUCGGGGGUUUUCUGCAGCCGGCGGGGCACAGCGGCGGCCGCGGCCUCAGCGAGCGUGAGCAGCAGCGCCCCCACGACCCACCCCGGCAGCCUGGAUCCCGGGCCAUCGACGGUCGCUUGCGUUCCGGCUUCGCCCGCCUCCCGCUCCCCGGGUCAGCAGCCCCCAGCCCCACCGCGACCCCCGCAGCCCCCGCACCGCGUCCCGGCCCCGCCGCGCCAACAUGUCCUCGACGGAGAGUUCGAGUCGCACCGAGGACAAGUCGCCGCGCCAGCAGGUGGACCGCCUGCUCGUGGGGCUGCGCUGGCAACGGCUGGAGGAGCCGCUAGGCUUCAUCAAAGUUCUCCAGUGGCUCUUUGCUAUUUUCGCCUUCGGGUGCUGCGGCUCCUACAGCGGGGAGACAGGAGCAACGGUUCGCUGCAACAACGAAGCCAAGGACGUGAGCGCCAUCAUUGUUUUGUUCGGCUAUCCCUUCAGGUUGAACCGGGUCCAGUAUGAGAUGCCGCUCUGCGACGACGAGUCCACCUCCAAGACCAUGCACCUCAUGGGGGACUUCUCUGCCCCUGCCGAGUUCUUCGUGACCCUGGGCAUCUUUUCCUUCUUCUACACCAUAGCCGCGCUGGUCCUCUACCUGCGCUUCCACAGCCUCUACACGGAGAACAGGCGCUUCCCGCUGGUGGACUUCUGUGUGACUGUCUCCUUCACCUUCUUCUGGUUGGUAGCUGCAGCUGCUUGGGGCAAGGGCCUGACUGACGUCAAGGGGGCCACACGGCCAUCCAGCCUGACCGCCGCCAUGUCCGUGUGCCACGGAGAGGAAGCUGUGUGCAGUGGUGGGGCCACGCCCUCCAUGGGACUGGCCAACAUCUCUGUGCUCUUUGGCUUUAUCAACUUCUUCCUGUGGGCCGGAAACUGUUGGUUUGUGUUCAAGGAGACCCCAUGGUAUGGGCAGGGCCAGGACCAGGGCCAGGGCACCAGCCAGGAGAGCGCAGCUGAGCAGGGAGCGGUGGAGAAGCAGUAAGCAGCCCCCACCCGGCUACUCCCGAACAGGACAGCACCUCUUCAACCACCUCCGGCCUCCGGGACCUCCCUCUUCUUCCCCCUCCACCUUCCCUCCCCCAGCAUCUGGGCUUUGAGCUUUGAGACGUUUUUGCCAGAUGGGCAGGCAUCAGCUGUCAGAAACCUGGGCAGCCCUCCUGUGGCCUCGUAUCCCUCCUCUUGCUGGAGUCCCUGGAUGGCAGGAGCUCAGUGCUUCUUGUCUCCUUUCCAGACCCCGGCAUCUUCCUUGGGGGUCUUACUUGUAUCCUCACAGCUUCUCAGAACCAGCCUCUGCCACAGGCAACACAUGGGGUCAGGAGACCCGAGACUGGUUCCUAGCUGCCACUUCCAUCCCUCUGUCCACUUCAGUGAAUGUGGGGGGAGGGGAAAUUGGCUGGCAGGCUUUUCCCUUGCAUGGAGGGCCCACUAGUGGUUUAGUGAUCCCUCUUCCAUGGCUGUCAUCAGGGCUCCGUGUCAGCCUGAACGCCGUAAGCUCCCCACUCUCUCCUCUGGCCUCUGAUUGCCCACGGAGCCCAUCCCGUGGGAACCCAGGAGGCAGACUAGCCUAGAAAAUAGCCCUUCAGAGGGUCCCAGUGAGGCCGAGACUCAGUGGGGAGCAGAUAAAUUGCAACUGAGUUGCAACUUCAAGAAACUGAAGCCAGAAAAUUGCUAGGGAAUCAGUUUUUUUCUGCUCCCUUAGUCCUCCUACCCCUCCAGGCUGGAGCCCUUUCCCCCAAAGCUCUAAACUCAUACUUGCCCUAGAAACUCCUUACUAUCCUCCCUGUCCCCCUUCUUGGGCUUGGUCUCACAUGUGGGACACAAGAGGAGGGGUCCCUAGGAGCAUCUCCAUGUCAGCCCUCCCCACCCCCAGCCUCUCUGUCCAUCCCCCUUCCCCAGCUCUUGGGGCUGAGGCAUUCAAGAUCCUUUUUGAAGUCGGUCCAGGCCUUCCUUUCAUUCCUGCGGGGCCAGAGAGGGGCUUUGGAAGGGUGAAAAAGGACCACCAUGGGUCUAAGUUGCCCCAGAGCCCCAGGAUAUGAAUGGAUGGAUGGGCCCAUUUCUUCCUCACUCUCUGCUCGUCUUCCCCCACCCCACCCUGCCCUGCCCCUUCAGGUCUGGCCCAUUUCAUCGUUUUCCUUCUUACUUUCACAAACAAACAUGCCCUCUCCCUGUGCCCUCCACCCCUCCCCUGCUUCCUCAUUUGUUCCAGGCUCUACCCCAUCCCCAGUCCAGGGCAGGCCGGUGCUAUUGGUGCUUCUUUACUUCGGGACCCAGUUCCAUAUUUGUCUUUGGUGUGUCUCUUCUUCCUGACGCCCCCUUCAGUGCCUCUCUGGACGCCAGGGCCUCAGAGUCAGUGCUGACCGGAUAAGGGCCAUGUGUCUGCCACCCAGCUCAGAGCACUGCAGUCUGCUCUAGCCGUAGGGCUGCCCAGGGAAGAACGAAGAAGGAGGAAUCCAGCCAUUUUCCAAUGCAGUGCCAAUUAGCCCACGCAUCAUCCCAAAGGUGAAAGUGCCCUGUGCCCGUCUCCUCUCAGGACCGAGUCUACCCCUCCCACAUCCUCACCCCACUAAGCACCCUCCACAGGAACCUGUGCAUUACUGGGGUACCCAGGCCGCAGGACCUUUGACUUCGAGCCCUUCGUUUCUUCUUUGGGUCACAUUUUCCCCACUCGACAGAGAAAUGUGAGAUUUACAUCUUCAAAUGCUCCACCAGAGUCCUUCAAAGAAACUUUACCAUACUUGUUUUUUCGACUUGGGGGAAGAGAUUUGAGGAGGGAACAUAGGAGAUGGGGAGGAGAGUGUUUCUAAGUCUGAACCUCUCUCUGUCCUGAGCUGUCCCCAAGGUUACUCAAGGACAAGAGGGGGGACAGUUUUGUCUACAGCUUCAGAGACACAAAGAACAAAGGGGUGAUCUUCAUUUUCCUCCAAGCUGGCCCCCGGGAGGGUCUGUAAACAACUUCUACUGGAACUUUGUUUGGCUUCUGUGUACAUAUUUAUAAUUUAUCUGAAAUAUGAUGGAUAAAGUGUUCUCAUUUGGGGCCAAAGUUACUAACUGGUCCUUCAGCUAGGGAAAGGGGUGAGUGGGUAUGCACGCCUGCCAAAGAGCCCUAGCCCAGAACUUUCCCUAAAGCAGAGAAGGCUCUUUCUCCUCUACAAGAGGCUGGCUUGCUCUCAGCCAGAAGAGCCUUGACUUCGGCUAUGGCCUCUCCCUCUGUGGCCGCCCUAAGAGGAAAGGCUGCUUCACCUCGCUACCUUCAGAGGGCUGGCCUGGUCCACAUGCUGAAGGCCGGGCUAUCCUCAAAAGGACUCACGUCCCCUCCCACCAGGGCUGGCAUCACCACUUCGCCAAGUGGGGCCUGAGGUAGGAGAAGGUGUCUGGUUUCUCCAGCUGCUGCGGGAGGCCAAAAGGCAGGGCACUUGCCCUUUGCCCCAGUAAACUGGCCCUGCCAGUGUGCCCACCUAGGACCUUUCCUGAACAUGAGUUCUCUCCACCAUCGUGGUCAUAGGUGUCCUUCUUCCGGGAUUGCAGGUCGGGGUGGGGUGGUGGGGGGGAGAAUGUUGCAUGUUGUUUUCUGGUGCUUGUUACUAUACAUUUGAAUAAACAGUGCUUCAAGCAUUUGCCACGAGGGAGCCAAGAA